AUGACGGUGACUAACAUACACUUGUCGAAUCCGUGCAACAUCGCUUCUGCGUACAGCAAAUGCGGCAGGUACUUGAGGAAGAUAUUGAAAUUCGAUCAAAUGGACUUCCAAUUCGCCAUGUGGCAGAUGCUGUAUUUGUUCAUCAACCCGCAGAAGUUGAUCAAGUUGUUUCAGGCUCGUAAAUUGGCCAAGUCCCAAUACGCUCGAGACGAUCCGGCGUUUUUGGUGUUGUUCACCGGCGCUCUUUGCGUCACGAGCAUCGGAUUUUCGCUAGUGUUACAGUUAUCUAUCAUGCAAUUUAUCAUGUUUUUAUUUUUCGUAAUUAUCGUAGAUUGUUUGUGUUUAGGUAUAAUGGUAGCGACUUUGUUUUGGUACGUGACGAAUACGUUUUUGAAGCCCAAAAACAGCCUGCAAGACGUCGAGUGGGGUUAUUCGUUCGAUAUACAUUUAAACGCGUUUUUCCCGCCGCUGAUUCUACUGCAUUUCAUCCAGUUGUUCUUUUAUAACGGGAUCAUCAGCCACCAAUGGUUUCUGUCGGUGUUGUUGGGCAACACGUUCUGGCUGUGCUCGUGCUUGUAUUAUUUCUACAUAACGUUUUUGGGUUACAAUUCGCUUUCGUUUUUGACUAAUAGCAGAUAUUUUUUAGCGCCCGUUCCGUGGAUAGUAGUCGUGUACAUUAUAGGGUAUUGUAAAUACAACUGA